AUGGCGAUGGCGGACAAGCUUGACCCUGAGGCCGCCGGCGCCGGCAGCGCGAUGACAGAAAUUGAGCUAACAGAUGGUUAUCGCCUCGAAGCUGAUGUCAUUGCUUCUGAUUCUACUGGGAGACCACUACUAGCACCCGACAAAAAUCAAUUGGCUGAUGUGGGAAAAGGUGCCCCUUAUGGAACAUCUGCAUCUGUCAAUCCUUACAUACUAUCUUCAAGCCAGGUGGUGGAGAUGACUGGCAAGGUUGCAACAGUCAAGCAACCAGUUGCCUGUCUGCCUGUUUGGAGGCGUACUUAUGCUAGGAACAAGAAGCGUCCAAGGAACACAGUGACUCAAGAUAUUGAUGAAGUUGAUGAUGAAGACCAAGAUCAGCAUGUAGAUUCAGCAAUAGCAAUUGAGGAGGAUGAAGAAUCUGCACCAACUGAAACUGGAGAUGGACCAACUGGAGAUGGAGAUGGAGGCUUCAAUUUUAAUGUUGAUUUGCUUAAUUAG